CAGCGAUCCAAGGAGCUGAGUUAAUAAGCGGGAAAAAUUACCACCAUGGCGACUGCAUUGUACUUGGAACAGUAUCUCGAUAGUAUUGAAAACUUGCCUUUUGAGCUUCAGAGGAAUUUUACUCUGAUGCGAGACCUGGAUCAACGAGCUCAAGAUUUGUCUCGCGAUAUCGACAGAGAGACAGGGUCGUACAUCAGUUCCGUCAAGAGUUGGGCACCAGAGCAGCGAGUAGAAGCUUUGAAGAGAAUUGACAAAGCCUUUGCAAAGAGCCGAGAGUUCAAUGAUGACAAAGUCCAACUGGCAAUGCAGACCUAUGAAAUGGUCGACAAGCACAUCCGGAGGUUGGAUGCAGAUUUGGCCCGGUUCGAACAAGAGUUGAAAGAGAGAAAUAUUGAGCAGACAUCGGAAUAUGACAGUUCCUCAGGAAGGGACAACAAAAAGAAGGGACGAGGGAGAGCAGCAGAAAAAUCCGCCAAGAAAAGCAAGAAAGGCCGCGUUUCUGAUGAUGAAACUCCCAAACAGUCGAGGAAGAAAAUGAAAUCAGCUGCAGGCCAAGCUGUAGCGCCCAUUUUGACCUUACCCACCGUGAUGAAUUCUCCAUCAGACGUUCUAGACAUGCCAGUUGACCCCAACGAGCCUACAUAUUGUCUGUGCCAUCAGGUGUCUUACGGCGAGAUGAUAGGUUGCGAUAACCAAGAUUGUCCGAUUGAAUGGUUCCACUUUGCUUGCGUUGGACUGACAGCUAAGCCCAAGGGCAAAUGGUUCUGCCCGAGGUGUAUGCCCGACAAGAAAAAGAAAUGACGCUUUGUCAGAGAAAACCUAGCUGACAUGUGAACAUACAUUGUCCCCGAGGCACUGUCACCUUUCCCACUGAGGAAAAUUUGUAAAGAACAGCUUUGAAUGUGUAGAUACAUUCCAUGACAUCACAUGUAUUUGGAGCCUGUUGUGUGCAAAUAAACAGUUGUGCACAACUUGGAUAGAUUGCAUAUGAAAUAAUGGAAUUGUUAUUUCAGACGAUUUUGUAAUGAUUGUUACUGUACCACAAAUUUUACCUCAAAUUAAAAUGUGUCUGACAGAAGUUCACAGUGAAAGCAAACUGUAUCCGCUGCAAUUCUCAACCCCUAUAAUUUUACUCCUUUGAUAUCCCAGCUUAUGUUGGAAACAUGUUUUCGUGUUUGUUCAUGUAUCAAGAGUUGAUAGGGUCUGAAGAUAUAAAGUCAACAAUCUUAUGGCAAGUCAAUCUUUAUCUGAUGUCGUCUACUGUAUUGUACAUAGUUAUUUGGUUAAAGCACAGCCCUAAGAAUAAAAAGUCAGUAAGUUCAAGCAGUUCAAUACUACAGAUCAACUUCAAGAGAUUGCUUUGCAGAGGCCAUAUGGAUUACUUUAUCUGUGAACAUUUGUCAAGGUUCCUUAUUAAGCCUGGGGUAUAUCUCCCAAAAUUGGAUUAAUCAGUGGGUGAAAAGUACUACAAAACCUCAACUAAAACCAGUGACUUAUCCUGGCUUAGACAUGUUUCCAAACAAAGCUCACACAUCCAUCCUGUGGCAGCAAAAUAUGGUAGUCUUCUGCCUGUACAAGUCGAUGGCAGUUUUGAAAAACUACCAAUAAAAGAUGGGUGACCCAACCAGCCGUACAUUUGCUAUACCUGUUCAUUGAGAAUUGCUUAAGAAGUAUGUUCUAUUUCCAAAAGUUAACUUUAGGGUUUAGUUAUAAAUACUUUGUUUUUCAUUUAGCAAGAUCAGCAUUGAACUGCAUUUUGAUAUUUGUGAACACGUUCUGAGUUGUAGAGGUUGAUUUAGCAAAGCACGUAUUCAUGCGUGUUGCGUUUUAUUGUUUGGGCACAUUGUUUGUACUCUUGAUCCAUUCCUGACAACAUAAAUCCCUUCAACCCUUUGUCACAUUUUUUAAAAACCUUCGGAUGGGAUUGUAAAAUUCAAUUAUGUUCAUUUCAUCUUCUCUCAAAUUUGAGUUUUAUUGUAAAUACCAUUAAAAAAGUUAUUUUUUUAAAUCCCAGUUGAAAUGAAAAGUAAGCAUGGCAUCUUUGCUCUGCUUCAAGAAUAUUUCGUACAGUUAUCAAAAAGUGUAAAUAAUUGAGUAUAUUUUUAGUUACAAACAUGUAAGAGGUUACAUUAGUGUUGAUUUGAUUAAGUGUUGAUGUUAUUGUACUACUCAGUAUUUGAUUGUGGAGAGGAAUACAUGUACAUGUAUUUGAUUUCUUUUUUUAUGACACCAAAUAUAUGAGAGGCGCCAAAGUGUAGAGAUGGCUAGCUAUACAGUGUAAUUUUUUAUAGGGCUGUUCUGGUCAUGUACUUGCUUCCAGAGCAGUUUGACAAAUGCUGAUGUUUUAACUGGCGAUUUUGCAUUCAGUUAAGUACUUUACUGUUCAAAAUUGGAAACCGUGCAGAAAAGAAGUUAUGCAUGAAUGUGACCACACACUGGAGUAAAUAUUUUUGAUGAUGCCUGAUGGGAAAGGAAUGAUGCUUACUUUGUAAUGAAGCAGUCUCAAAUCUUGUUGCAUAACAGUUUUGAUGUUCCAGUGAUUACAGAAUUGGAGUACAUGUAUUGACUUUGUAACUAUGGCCGCUUUCCAAAUUUGGGCUGCAUUUUCCAUCUUUGUCUAUGCUCUAAAGUCAAUUACAAACAGUUGCUGCUGGAAUCAAAUCUGAAAACAUAUUCUCCAAACAGUGACUACAUUUUAAAUAAUUUGUUGUGUCUGCUGCCGAAAUGAAGCAUUGACCUCAGUAACAAUCCAGACUUGAUGUGGAAAUUUUUUACAUCAGAGGACGAGUGAGGGACACAUUUUGUUGGUAUUGGUGGAAUCUGAGACUGGCUGCUUUUCAGCCAUGGUUGAAUCCAGGACUAGACUGAUUUGAAUCACACAAGUUGAUUGCGAUUGUUUUUUUAUGUAUUAAGAAUGCACAGAGCUGAUGUUUGUUUCUCAAGUGAAUUGUAUUCUAUUCAGUGGACUGAAUAUUGUCAAGUUUGACUUGGUGGCUUGAUUGUGAAAGAGGGUGCAAUAAAAAGACACAUUUUGUAG